GAGCGGACGCGCGCGCCGGAACUUGCUGGACAUGAAUGAGCUGAAUGGGCUGUGUGGACGGGUGCCGAAGAAAGCAGUAUUCAUCGUGAUGGCUGCUGGAAUUGUGCUGCUACUUGUAUACCACAUCAGUUCUUCAACACCUGGGUCUUUCUAUGACAGUGAUUCAAUGACGAGUAGUCAAGAGGAACAGCGUUUCCCACAAGCUAUUAUCAUUGGUGUGAAAAAAGGUGGGACAAGGGCAUUGAUAAGCAUGCUAGACUCUCAUCCUCAGGUUGAAUCAGCUCGAGGAGAGGUUCACUUUUUCGAUAGAAAUGAGAACUUCAGGAAAGGAUUGAGGUGGUAUGUACAGCAGAUGCCUUUUACAGCACCCAAUGAAAUAGCCAUCGAGAAGUCUCCAAGCUACUUUAUUACUCCUUACGUACCGGAUCGAUUGCACAGCAUGUCUCCAAGUACAAAAGUGAUAUUGAUAGUCAGGGAUCCUAUUGAACGAACUAUAUCCGACUACAUCCAACUUUUCAACCCUGACCGGAUUGGUCAACAGAAAUCUUUUAACGAUGUAGUUUUGGAUGGUCCAAAUCACAUUAAUGACAGAGCUCAAGUUAUUAGAAUACAUAUUGUGAAUGGAGAUGCUCUAAUAAGCAAUCCAGCACAAGAGAUGAUUAGAGUGCAGAACUAUCUAGGAGUAAGUGACUUCUUUACGGAGGAUAUGUUCUAUUAUAACAAAACCAAAGGUUUUUAUUGUUGGCAUAAGGUCACAGACAAAGGUGACGUCCAUCCUAACUGUCUUGGGAGUAGUAAAGGUCAUCAACAUCCU